AAAGAUGAAGCAAAACUUGUAAUUUUGUCACUUAAACAGAAACAACAAGUCAGAUAGAUAUAAAUGAGUAAAUAACAGUUGGUUCCAAAAAGAAAAGCUUAAAAACCCAGAAGCCAUUCAAGUCCAGAGACCCCCUAUUAAACUAGUGUGAGUCUUAGAUUCACUUCAUUACUCAUCAAAAGCCACACAAGCUCAUCAAUCAUCAUCAAGACCAAAGGUCCAAAGCCAUAGCUGAUCUCAAGGUUUCUAACUAGACUGGUAAUGAUGGCUGCUUCUUCUAGAAUCAUUCUGAUGAUGCUCAUCUUCUGUCUUACAUUCCUUUCUUCCAAUUCAGGUGAGCCAUUGUUGCCAAGAGAUCAGCAUGGUGAUCAUGAGCAGCAGUUGAAAAAGCAAAUGAAGAUGGCGUUGGGUUCGAGCCCGCCGCGGUGUGUUAACAGGUGCAUGAGUUGCAGACCUUGUACGGCCACUCUUGUGGUUCCUCCACACCACCACAAGAUAAACAAUCUCAAGACCACACCGGAUCAUUACGACGGAGAUGAGACCUAUUAUCUUCUCUCAUGGAAAUGUAGAUGCAGGAAUAAGUUGUUCCAACCUUGAAUAAUCUUGGCCUAAUUGACCCAUGAUUAUGUGUGUUGCUAUAUUUGUAUGUACUUAUUGGUACCAGCUAUGAUGAUAUUAUAGAUCACCUUCAUGGAUUUGUCUUCAUAAUUGAUACCAAUAAGUCCUU